UAGUAAAAGUGGUUUAAUAGCUCGGAACUUCGUUUCAGUGAACCUUAAUUAACUCAAAAAUUAAUAUAUAGAGCUAAAAUCUCAGAAAUGGACAGCGAAAUGGCAGUACCAAGGCAAUUACAGCCAGUGGCAGCUGCUCCUCAGGUUGAAGUCGGUUCCGGCACCUCUGCAUCGGUUUCUAUGGGCAGUCUACCAACUAACAAUCCAGUCAACGCUGAAAAAAUGCAGACUUGUAAUACCAUCAACAAACGACAAUUAGCUCGAUUCCAUCCGUAUCAUGGCGCCAAUAUAAUUUUAUGUGAAGACAACACGGUCGCCUACCGCAAAGCCAGCUUCGCUGAUGCAGUUACCUUUUCAGAGAAACCACUUCAACCCGGCGAAAUUUUUCUAGUUGAAAUAGAAAAAAAUGAACGUGGCUGGUCGGGUCAUAUCAGGCUUGGAUUAACGCAAUUGCUCCCCGAUGUGGUUGGUUCAAUGUCAGAAGGUUUGCCACAGUUUGCGUUGCCGGACUUGGCCAACCUGGGAACUAGCUGGAUAUAUCCAAUCUCGAAAUUUGAAUCGCAUUCCUUAACGCCCCGUAGCGGUACUGCCGGUGGGGUUAUCGAAACGAAUCCAUUGUUUCACAACGUACCGCAACCCGGGGUACCGCGUCAGGAUAUAUCUGGUACGGACGAUGAAGAAGAGCCAAACUCCCUACCCAGAAGCAAUAUCCUUGGGGACUCUAUUUAUGUACGCACUCCACGGGGCAUGAUACCAAAGAGGUUAUUAAGACCCACUGUUGAAAAUGGUGAUUCCAAUUCGGGCAUUUUACUAACAGAUAAGGGUUCUCGUAUUGGCGUUGUAUACGUGCCUACAGAAGCUGAUAAGGAAAAAGGAGAGAUGCAUUUUAUUAUAAAUGGAGUUGACCAAGGACCGUGCACGAAGGAAAUACCCAUGGAUAAAUCUCCUUUGCACGUGGUAAUUGAUGUUUAUGGCACAACAAAGCAGAUUCGAAUCAUACAACUUUAUGGAAUCGUUUCUUUACAAAAUGCUUGCAGAGAUGCUAUUCUCCUAAACAUCAAAUCGCAAAAUAUUGAAAAGUUGCCGCUACCGGAACGCCUAAAAAAUUUUCUUCGCCAUAAUGAUUAGAUAAAAUUAACUUUUCAACACAAGCAAAAUUUGCAAAUAUUCGCAUAGAAUGCACCUCGUUUUAGGGAUAGUUUUGAAAUCGCAAAAGAAAUUUUAAUAUUACAGCAUAAUGCGUCGUUAGGAAGUUUUUUGUUAUAUCGGUCUUCAAGUGUGAUGUGAAAUAUUACGUGCACGGAAAGGAAAUAAUACAUGUUGAAUAUAUUGAAAGUUUUGUUUGUUGUUACCAAUGGUGGGACCUAAAAUAACCACAUUCGCCCAUCAAACGGGCUUAGAUGCAUAGAUAUAGUGAAAGAAAUUAACCUACAUAAAUAUUUAUACAAGGAUACAAAGUAAUUAUAUAUGUAUGUAUGUAGUAGUGUGUGCAAUGCUAAUUAUUUUUCCACAGCAAGAAUUAGUAGUUGAAGGCAACAAUUUUAUUUGCAGAUUUGUUGAUUGUAAAAGCAUAUUUAAGAGCACACCAAAUAUCACAUUUUACCGUAAAAUAUUCCGUAUUUUUGCAUAGAUGUAAAUACCUUAGUACAUAUGUACAUAAAUAUGUUCUAAAGGCGCUAAAAAUGUACAUAUUCAGCCUUAUCGCAGUCUCGCCCGAAAACAAAUUCAUCCGAAAAUUUUUCAUCCGCCCGUAGUGAAUACACAUAAGCGAAAAGAGAAAAGUUAAUGAUUUCGGGCGAAAAUGAAACUCAUGAUAAGGCUGAUUGUUUAUCUCCAUACAUGGAUAUGUAUGUAUGUAUAAUUAAAUAUACAGUACAUAAAAAAAUCUGAUAAGAAGUUCAUCUUAUCUUUGCACAAUGCGCUAAGUUAAUAAAAAAAUGAACGAAAACAUUUUACUUUAUACUUUUUAUAUAAAUAACUACAUACAUAUGUACAU